GAUGGAGCUAAACUGGACAUGUUUUUUUCUCUGCCAUUAGAGAUUUUGGGACCGCCUUGUGUCUGCCGAACGCAACGCUGUGUGACGGACCGGAGCAUGUCCAACAGCGUGCCAUCCCCACAGUCCAACGGCUGCUUUCUCCAACCUGAAAGUCAGGUAGACCAAUGCUCCUGGAGAACAAAGAGGUCAUCUUCGUGGCUCCCUUUCGGACACCUUCUGGCUGCCAGCUUCCCUUUAUUCAGCCCUGAAGAUAUGAAUCACAUGACCCGCCAUGCGCCAAGUCAGAACCGAAGGCCAUGGGACGAACCGCUGGGACGAUCUAUCUGUGGCGUCACUGUGCAGCAGUCCAGUUUUAACAUCACAACGUCCACAAAUACCGUUGUCCAAGCGACUUGAAUAAACAGAGAGGUUCAUACCUCGGUCUCAGCAACAAGUUUCUCUGGACACAUCGCAUCUUCACAGCAUGAACAUUUGUCAUCUGCCACCACAUAUCCAAGAGACGGAAAAACUAAUGACAUGAAACUAUGAGCUGUCAUCGGCCGACUCGUGGUCGCUGAAGAUCGGACGCCCCGCGCCGCCCGAUAAUUUGACAGGGGUUACAGGCACGCUGUUCCUGUUCCAGCUUGACAGCACCUCCCUCGGCACCCAUUCCAGGUUCUCAACCACGCGUUUCCGGAAAUUCGCCGGACGAGGACACGAGAGGAAAACUUGUAAAUAGCUGCUUAUCCCCGCCUGGACUUUGUUUACACCUUUUGCCAGGACAUCUUUUAGGACAAGUCCUAUGCCAAGACAUACAAAGUGAUGGCCCACCGUCAACGAUUCCUCAACUAUCCGGAGCCCUUGAAGGGUCCCGAGGUACCAUACAAAAAUGAAAGAGGCAGCAACCCAGCCAUCAGCGGCGUAUUUCUUAUGAUAGCUGCAAAUCUUAUGGAAUGGUUCCGGUUGCUGAGAGAACUGAUAUGGAACAACACCGGAUUCGGCUCACUGAGAAAGAUUAUCCCAUACAUUGAGGAGUAUGAGCCAUGGUUCGAACCACAGAUUGUACCAUUACCAGAAGAAGUCGACAAGGAGCCACUGCAGAACGAGCCAGCAGAAGAAGACACCAAACCCGAUGCUGCCGUAUUCUAUCCGGAAGCAAAGUACUACUCCGUUGAAGACUACCGCAAGUUGUAUCUCUCCGGCGCCAUCACCCCUCUCGAUGUGGCCGAGGCUCUGCUGCCAUUAAUCCGCCGAGACAUUCAAAACGCCUCGGAACACUCCAUCGCCUUUUUCCAAGUCCGAACCGAACGGGUUCUCGCCUCAGCCCGGGAAUCGACUCUUCGCUACCAAGAAGGCCGGUCUCUCGGGCCCCUCGACGGUGUUCCCACAGCCGUAAAGGACGAGUACGACAUGGAAGGCUACUCCACCACCCUCGGCUCCCCGAAUGUCUACGCCGAUUCUUCCACCAACAAGACCACCUCCUGGUGCGUCCAGCAAAUCGAAGCUGCUGGUGCUCUGAUUCUCGGCAAACUCUCCAUGCACGAAUUCGGCCUCGACACCACAGGCAACAACCCCCAUUACGGCACUCCACGAAAUCCCCACAACUCCAAUUACUACACCGGCGGCUCCUCCUCCGGCACAGCCUACGCCGUCGCCGCAGGUCUCAUCCCCAUCGGUCUCGGCUCCGACGGCGGAGGCUCCAUCCGCAUCCCGUCCUCCCUCUGCGGUGUCUACGGCCUCAAACCCACCCACGGCCGUCUUUCCUUCCGCCCCGGCCCCAACCACUGCGUCACCUGUGCUUGUCUCGGCCCCAUCGCAGCGGAUAUGUCCUCCCUCGCCGCUUUGUUUUCCGUCAUUUCAACCCCGCAUUCAUCCUCCCCUUUCCCACCUCUGCCCUCUCCGUUGAAAAUCCAACUCCCGACGCCCGAUGACGCAAAAGUGUUGGGAAUCCCUCAGGCGUGGAUAUCCCAAGCCACACCCGCGAUCCAAACCUUGGUCAACACCCUCAUCCGCACUUUAGUGGCCAAACACGGGUACACCACUGUUCCCGUCACCAUCCCAUUUUUGCAAGAAGGGCAAAUCGCACACGCCAUGACCGUCCUAACAGACGCGGCUACUUUGUUACCGGAGUAUAAAAACCUCACCUACGCCAAUAGGAUCCUCUUGGCGCUUGGGCGAACAACCCCGGCAACGGAUUACAUGCUCGCGCAAAAACUCCGAAGGUUGCUGAUGCAGCAUUUGGCGUGGUUGUGGGAACAGCACCCGGGUAUGAUUAUUGUCACUCCGACGACGGCGUGUGAGGGGUGGGAGAUUAGGGGUGGGACGGGGGAGUUGAGUUAUGGGUUGAAUGAUGGGGAUAGGACGAUGCAGAGUAUGGAGUUUGUGUGGUUGGGGAAUUUUUGUGGGUUGCCGAGCUUGAGCUGUCCGGUUGGGUUUGUGCAAGGGAAGGGGGGGGAGGUACCGGUGGGGGUUAUGGCUACGGGGGAGUGGUGUUCGGAGAGGGAAUUGAUGGGGUUUGGGGGGGUGGUGGAGGGGGUGGUGAAUCGGGAGGGGAGGGGGAGGAGGCCGGGGGGGUGGGUUGAUGUUGUGGGGAGGGCGAGGGGGGUUAGGACUUCCAGACUCCGCGAUGUUGGCAGCAGCUUUGCCAACCGUCGAGGCCACGCCAGUCAACUAUCCAUCUCAGACCCGAGCCAUCACGUCACCGAAGCGAUCGGCACCAUGUACGGCGACGACGAAGAUUCUGGCGCCGAGGACAACCGGCCACUUAGCUUUAUCGCGUCCAAGAGUUCCAGCGAGCAGUUGGGCAAGGCCCCCAGGCCGGACGACCCGGCCGACGACAGACUACGACUGGUGCGCACCACCUCGGACCAGACGAGCACCGUGACCACUCCGAGUAAUGCCAGUCCCAACGGCAACCCCCUUCGAAAAACCCAGACAGUCCCGUCCCGCAUCCCCACAGAACGAAGCAACUCGCAUGAUGGCGUUCGAUCCCCCCUGUCGCCAUUGUCCCCGACGCCCUCCCUCCGCGAUGUCCAGGCCGACGACUCUGGAUUUCCGCUGACCAACAUCGAUAAUGCCAAUGACAUUGCACAGGAGCUCAGCAACCUUCAGGCGCUGCGACGCAUGUCUAUGGAUGUGUCCAACACACACGACCCCGAUCUCCUGCCCUUUUCUGGCGUGUCUUUGAUGGCCAUGCCGUCAAUAGCCCCCACCGGCGAUGACGACGAAGCAGAUCCAAGCCGGUUGCUAUGGGUGCCAGCACGAGUACACCCCGAACUCGACACCGGUGCUUUCAAGACGUUCCUUGAAAAUCGGGUGCAAACGAUGAAGCGGAGGUCGGGAGACUCGUUUCUCUCGGUUGAUGGGGCACAAGUCGGUGGUGGUUCGGGAAGCCUGAGACGGAAGAAGUCGAUGCUAUCGAGACAGGUCAACACUCAUACUGAAAACGGAGACAGUUAUACCGACGGUGCCGAACGGCUUCGACGAAAUGGCUCCCUCCCAGACUACUCAACUCCCGAGCUUAGUCUCAACGAACUCGUCAACGACCCAACAAGCGUGGUGCAGAAGCUGGCACACGAGACCAGAGGGGAGGAUGGUGGGGCAGAUAGUCCGAUCCUGCCUGUGGCACCAGGCAUGGGGCUUCGGCGGUCAACCAAGACGACUUAUAGAAAGGGCGGCAGUCAGCGGUUUGCAAAGAAGCUUGGGGAGAAACAGGUGGCCAGCAAGAUGUCUUCUGAGGAAUCGCCACCGCUUCCUCCGGUGGACCCAUCCAUUGGCAAGCCCUUGACGCGGGUCAUGUCGGAGCCAAUCGCCGAGAAUUACUCGAGGCCAACGCGGACUGUCAGAAGACAACAGAACUUCUCGCGCGAUGGCUUGGACUCUAUUGCCGGUUCUGCUCAGGAGGGUGAAACGACAGCCGCCUCGCCUCCCUCGUCGCCCCCCCGCAAAGAGUCAUUACCGGUCAGGGCAGCCUCAGCAGCAGCACGGACUGCUACCGCGCCAGCCAUUCCUCAGAUUGUCGAGACGCCGCCGGUCGAAGAAGCCAGCUCAUCACCGGAGAGAUCGACGUCCCAGAAGGAGACGCAAAAAGACCAGGCUCAUCAGCCUCCUGCUGAUGGCCCUCCGGCUCGCUCCAGCAAACGGCCAUCACCCAGCAAACCUGCCCAGUCGGCUGCUGGGUCGGCCGGGAGCUCGAGCGCUAACCCUCUCGAGAAAAUCAGCCACCCAGAGGCGCUACCUGAUAACAGCAACUCUACCACGAGCAGCUUGACAUUUAUCCCCACAUUUGACAACGUCGAGAAGAAGGCGGAUAGGAAGAGCAAAGAUAAGGAUGAAACCGAGAGCAUAGCAUCGACAAAGUCGACCUCGAGUUGGAAGUGGUUCAAGAGCGGGGAUAAGGAGAAGAAGAAGAAGGAGAAGGAGAAGGAAGAGGAAAGGGAGAGGGAGAGGGAGAGGGAGAGGGAGAGGGAGCGGGAGAGGGAAGAACAGGCUAGGAAGGCCAAGAGCAAAGCUAAUGAGAAGGGCCAUGAUAAUGCUCGUCUUGAUGUUUUGCAGAACUCCAUCGACAACCCCAAGGGCCGCGAGAGCCUCCGGUUGGACCGAGAAAGCAUCGAGGGCUUACCGCAGGACGACAAGAAGAAAGAGACGAUGCGCAAGUCUAGCGACAGCAAGCGAGGAGACGGCUUUUUUGGCGGCCUGUUCGGAGGUUCAAAGAAGAAGUCGGAGAAGGAGGCUGCGCACAAGAAGGAGAAGCAGCGGGCACUUAGUCCAGAGCCACCGGCACGUAUUUUGCGUCCCGACAUCGAUUACCACUGGACGCGGUUCCCCAUCAUCGAAGAGCGUGCCAUUUACCGCAUGGCUCAUAUCAAGCUCGCAAACCCUCGACGUCCCCUCCACAGCCAGGUUCUGCUCAGCAACUUUAUGUAUUCGUACCUCGCAAAGGUGCAGGCUAUGCACCCGCAGCUUAACGUGCCGAUUUCGCCGCAGCAAAAGAGGCAGGAAGAGGAGCGGAAACGUCGCGAAGCGGAGCAACAGGCGUUGGAGCAGCAGAUGGCCGCUCAGCAGGCUGCCCAGGAUGGGAACUUUGACUUUGAGUACCAUCGGUCGGGCAGUCAGUACGGUGAUUCUCCUGUUCAGCAGGGCGAUGACAGCGUCCAAUAUGUGGACGAUUCUCAGAUAUACGAGUACGAGCACGGGGGCCAGCAGCAGCAAUACCAGCAAAACGGCGCCAAUGGCAACGGCCAUGCACAUCAGCACGACCAGAAUUACUACUACGCGCAGGGUGAUGGCAAUGGGAACGAGAGGAACGACAUGUGGUAGGACCACCAUUACCGGCGCCAAGCUUCGAUGAGACGUCUGAAGAAGAGGAGGAGCAGGAGGAAGCUCCAAGGUGGGGGAGUGGACCAGGGCAACGGCUGGUCUUCCUUGCAGCUGUAUAAACGUCUACGGCCAUGGAAUGUCGCCGUAUCCAGACCGGUACCUUUACAACAGAAGCCACCCCACAAUGAUAUCGGCAAGAAGAAUGGCCACAUUUCUCGACACUGUUGCUAUCGCUGCUGCCCUGCUUUUUAUGAGUAGGCGGUUUUGUCUUUAUACUGGCGCCUUGAGGGUCGAAAGGGUUAGAAUAUGUGUAUUAUCACCACUCAAGCUCCAUGUUUUUCCUUCCCAGUGUCUCAAAAAGAAGAGAGGUUUGGGUGGUGGUUCGGGAAAGGGUGGCUUAUUUUCUUUCUGGGGAGAGAAGGGGGGGUUCUCUUCUCGUAUCAUAUUUGUAUGUUUCGAACAAUGGUAGUGUCCUUUAUUUUUGUUUUUCCUUCUGUGUUUGGUAGUUUGAAUGCUCUAGCAUAGCAUAGCCUGGGUUUUGGGAUUU